GCCUGAGAAGCCGGAAAGAGGCGGGGCGCGGCGCGGUUUGAACGGCACGGCGGGGAAGCAGCAUCCGCUCAGCUGCCAUGGCCAAGCAAGUGGGUCGGGACCAGCAGGGCAUCACCUUGCGGGGCAGCGCCGAGAUCGUCGCCGAGUUUUUCUCCUAUGGAAUCAACAGCAUCCUUUAUCAGCGGGGCAUCUACCCCCCCGAGACUUUCACCCGCGUCCAGAAGUAUGGGCUCACUCUCCUCAUCACCACCGACCCCGAGCUGAAGAACUACCUUAACAACGUGGUGGAGCAGAUGAAAGAGUGGUUGUACAAGUGCAUUGUGCAGCGCCUGGUGGUGGUGAUCUCGAGUAUUGAAAACAAUGAGGUUCUGGAGAGGUGGCAGUUUGAUAUCGAGUGUGACAAAACUGCAAAAGAUGAGAAUGAACUGCGAGAAAAAUCUCAGAAAGUUAUUCAGGAUGAAAUUCGAUCUGUUAUCAGACAAAUCACUGCCACAGUAACUUUUCUGCCACUGUUGGAAGCUGCUUGUGCCUUUGACUUGCUGAUAUAUACAGAUAAAGAUUUGGCAGUGCCCGAAAAGUGGGAAGAGUCAGGACCACAAUUCAUAGCCAAUUCAGAAGAGGUUCGUCUUCGUUCCUUCACUACUACAAUCCACAAAGUGAACAGCACAGUGGCUUACAAAAAAGAUUCCUUCCCGUAAGACAUGGGGCACAGGGUUGUACAUACCCUGUUACCUUGUACAGUUUCUGUUCCUAGGACAGCUAAUUCAUGAACACAUCAUUACUGUUGUUUUUGCUGAUACAGAAAAAAGGCAAUGUGUUUGUGAUGAUGUGGGUUAACACUAGACCAAGCUGACAUUGUUUCUAAACAUCUAAAUAAGGUAUUCAUUAUGAUAUUUUGACUCUUAUUAAACAUAUGAGCUAAAUUACUAGUGUGUUAAACAAGCACAUUAAUAGAAAAACUGCCUGAAUCUGAGAUUAACUGCUAGAGUUGUCCUCAGAUCCUGCCACUUCAGUGCUGUUUUUUUUUUUUAUAAAUUGCAGUCUAUUAGCAGGCUUAAAUUUACUCUCAGAAAACCUCACUCCUGACACACCAGUUUUUUGUGUAAAAGUCUGGGCUGUUUUAUUACCAGAAACAAUCCCAAAAUGAACUGGCAGAACAAUUCCAAAGUGACUUGUAUCUCUUUACCAAUGAAAGCAGCUUGUUUAUCAGGAAAAACUUACAGAUGAAGCCUUGUAUAUUGAUGACUGUUGGGCUUGAGAUUGGGGGAUGGUGUUUUACCAAGUAUGUGUAUGUUUCUCAUGUCUGUCAAGCAUUGUCUAUGUCUGUAAUUCUUGUUCUAUAAAAUAAAGCUUGAAACUGUAUAGUGUUCUCUAA